AUGAUGUCCUUGAAUAGUAGCAUCUUUCUGCAGAAUAAGGCGGGCAUUUCGAGCUCGAGUAGCCCUUUCUCGGGGAGGCAGAGAGGAUCAGCCCCGUCAGUUCCUUCUUCAUUGAGGGUAGUGGCCGUCAAUUCCAAUAGGGAUCGAAACGGCAGCGUGUUGAUGGAGAGCACCCUCAAGGACGUGAAAGAUGGAGCCGCUUCUGUGAUUGACGUCGACUCCAAAUCAACCGUUGCUCCAGGUGGGGCCCAUGACGUUUACGGUGAGGAUGCUGCCACUGAGGAGCAGGUUGUCACCCCUUGGUUUGUCUCAGUUGCCAGUGGGUAUUCUUUGUUGCGAGAUCCACACCACAACAAAGGGCUUGCCUUCUCUGAAAAGAGAGAGGACGUCCAGGUGAAGAAACUGAUGCAUAUUAUUCGCCAAUAUCAAGUUCCAUUGCAGAAGUACAUGGCUAUGAUGGAUCUUCAGGAGAGAAAUGAAAAAUUGUUCUACAAGCUUCUCAUUGACAAUGUUGAGGAAAUGCUCCCUAUUGUCUACACUCCAACUGUUGGUGAAGCUUGCCAAAAGUAUGGGAGCAUCUUUAGUCGUCCUCAGGGUCUUUAUAUUAGUUUGAAAGAGAAGGGUAGCAUUCAUGAGGUGUUGCGGAACUGGCCUGAGAAAAACAUUCAAGUUAUCGUUGUCACUGAUGGAGAGCGGAUUUUGGGCCUAGGUGACCUAGGCUGUCAGGGUAUGGGGAUACCAGUAGGGAAACUGGCUCUGUAUACAGCACUUGGUGGAGUUCGUCCUUCAGCUUGCUUACCUGUAACAAUUGAUGUGGGGACAAACAAUGAGAAUCUGUUAAACGACGAGUUCUAUAUAGGGCUCAGGCAAAGAAGAGCAACUGGACAGGAAUAUGCUGAACUGAUGCAUGAAUUCAUGUCUGCAGUCAAGCAGACCUAUGGUGAGAAAGUCCUCGUUCAGUUUGAAGACUUUGCAAACCACAAUGCUUUUGAUCUGCUUGCAAAAUAUAGCGCAACUCAUCUUGUUUUCAAUGAUGAUAUUCAGGGCACUGCAUCUGUGGUCCUUGCAGGGCUUGUUGCAGCACUAAAGGUAGUUGGUGGAACUUUAGCUGACCACAGAUUCUUAUUUCUUGGUGCUGGAGAGGCUGGCACUGGAAUUGCUGAACUUAUAGCCCUUGAGAUGUCCAAACAGACUAAUAUGCCAGUGGAAGAGGCUCGCAAGAAGAUUUGGCUUGUAGACUCCAAGGGGUUGAUUGUUAGUUCCCGCAGGGAAUCACUCCAACAUUUCAAGAAGCCCUGGGCUCAUGAGCAUGAACCCAUUAAGACACUUCUAGAUGCUGUUAACGACAUCAAGCCAACAGUGUUGAUUGGAACAUCAGGAGUAGGAAGAACAUUUACCAAAGAAGUGGUUGAAGCCAUGGCCUCCUUCAACGAGAAACCUAUAAUUCUUUCUCUUUCCAACCCAACUUCACAAUCUGAAUGUACCGCUGAAGAAGCUUAUACAUGGAGUCAGGGGCGUGCCAUUUUUGCUAGUGGAAGCCCAUUUGCUCCUGUUGAAUAUGAGGGUAAAACUUUUGUGCCUGGCCAGGCAAACAAUGCAUACAUUUUCCCUGGAUUUGGUCUGGGUGUAAUAAUGUCUGGUGCAAUCCGUGUCCAUGAUGAUAUGCUACUGGCAGCUGCGGAAGCUUUGGCUGCUCAGGUGACCCAGGAGAACUUUGAGAAGGGACUUAUCUACCCUCCAUUCAAAAACAUCAGGCAGAUUUCGGCAGAUAUUGCUGCUAAAGUGGCUGCUAAAGCUUACGAACUUGGUUUGGCUACUCGCCUUCCUCCACCAAAGGAUCUGGUCAAGUAUGCUGAGAGCUGUAUGUACAGCCCUGCUUAUCGAAGCUAUCGGUGA